AUGGUGGAUAAACUCCAGGAAGAAGACAACACCAAGCAGGAUCCAGUCCCAGAACAUCAGCUAGCUGAUGUCAUCACCUCCCACAAUCCUGGUUGCUCAUUCAAGCCAAGCUGCUGCAAAGCUCAAAAGUCUCUGGAGUUUAUUCCGAUAAACCUGCACACCCAGAGGAUGAGGGUGACAUGCCCCAAAAAAACAGAUGCGUUUUACGACAUCGUCACUGUUGGUGCCCCAGCUGCCCACUUCCAGGGCUUUAAAGGUGGUGGUCUCCAGCGACUCCUGAGCAGAUAUGAAGCAGAGAAAAAGAGCUUCAGCACUGCCUACCAGUGUAUCUACUACUCCCCAGAGCACACAGCCAAAGCUCAGGAGGUACUCAACAUCAUGAGCCUCCUCCAGCCCCUCAUCACGAGGUUAGUGGACCAGCUCCUUCAGGCUGCCCAUGAGCACUCUUCCCCUGGACUGAGGGAUGCACUCAAGCACCUUUCUGACAAGACAGAACAAUUUGUUCACACACUUAAGGAUGAAUUGGUCAAGAGUGCACUCCUAGCGCUGCAUGCAGCGCAGCCAGGCUACGUUUCCAAGAACCAGAAGUCGACUCGGGCGCAGAGCCAACACCAAGGCCACACAAACCAGACCAAUGACCAGAAUCAGAACCCGAUUCAGGGACUUCCAGGCCACAGUCCACCGACGUCGGUCACUGAGACCACAGUGGUGUGUAAUAAUGUGGAAGGAACCCAAACAACUGCUGGAGGAGAGCCUUUGUCACUGAAGCACCAAGACACCAUACCCCACCAUAAAGAGUACGAUGAGGAGGAAUGGGACAGGCUGUGGGCAAAUGUGGCCAAGUGUCUCAACUGUGUAAUCGCCAUGGUGGAUAAACUCCAGGAAGAAGACAACACCAAGCAGGAUCCAGUCCCAGAACAUCAGCUAGCUGAUGUCAUCACCUCCCACAAUCCUGGUGACUGGAGGGAGCAGUUGUGUCCUCUGGUGACCCGGUUAAAGGACUGCGUGAUGGAGGUGGUGGAGAAGGCGAAGAGAGCCAUGACCUUUGUGCUCCUGCAGGAGGCAGCCUGCAGCAUUCCACAGGGCUUCCUGCUCCAGCAGAGGCGAGACAUAGUCUUCAGUCAGGCACUGGCAGCCUUGGCCUGUGGUUUCGUCAUGCGGUUGUACGCGGGAAUGCAGGACAAAGGCUUCCUGAGGCAGCUUCACCUCGUUGGCCUGGUUGCUCAGUUUGAGAGCCUGCUCAGCACCUACAGUGAAGAGUUCGGGAUGCUGGAAGACAUGGAAGUGGGGAUCUCAGACCUGCAGAGAGUCAUGUUCAAGAUUACAGAGGCCAAGUCCGAUGACCUCAGUGACCUUCAGCCUUUAGUUUGUGGCCGACGAGACCACUUCACUGUAGAAGUGCCAUUACCUAAACUGGUUUUCCAUACCUUACCAGAGGAAAUCAAGGAGGGGAAGCUUCUCCGAGUAUUCCCGGUGCUCUUUAAUGUGGGGAUUAAUGAACAACAAACAAUAGCAGAAAGGUUUGGAGAUAUCUCUCUACAAGAAAGAAUAAACCAGAAGAACUUUGAGACAUUAGAAGCCUAUUACAAAUCAUUAAGUGAAAAGGUGCCACUAGAAUGUCUACCGUGUUUUCAGACACAGACCGACAUAAAGGAAUUACUUGAAACUUUGGGCCAGAAUGUAGUCGCGAAGAAGAAAAAGAAUGUGGAGAUACUGUGGACUGCUGGAACGAUCUGCCGAAGGUUAAAUGGCAUCAGGUUUACUAGCUGUAAAAGUGCCAAAGACCGAACAUCCAUGUCUGUCACUCUAGAGCAGUGCGCUCUCUUACGUGAUGAACACCAGCUCAGCAAGGACUUCUUCGUGCGCGCUCUGGACUGCAUGCGCAGUCGACUGACCCAGGGAGACAUUGGGCAGUGGGAGGACCCUGAGGCUGGCGCCAUGACAGAGAACAAACCAGCAUCACGACACUUUUAUCCCAUUGCCCUGCUGCUCGUUAGCUCCCACUUACUGGUUGUGUGGCUCAUUUUAAGUCUUGUUUUUCUGCUUGCAAAAUAUCAAUAAACUGUUGACAAUGA